GGGAGAGGCAUCAGGUCAGUGCUCAGGGUGUUGGUUCACACCCAAGAGUUUUCGGUAUGUCCUGGCCAGUUAACGUGGACUCAAGACUAGUCCAGAGAAAAUGGCCCUUGUCCCCAGAAGAUUGCAGCUAAUGGACCACAGAAUGGCAGGGAAAAUUGCUGCCCUUCUUAGAUUGCUGGGAACUUGCCUAAAGUCAUGCUGGGAGCCCACGGCAGUGCCUGGCAUGGAAUCCAGGAGGCUCAGUCCCCCUGCUGCUGUAUGUGCCUUGACCUUCUCACCACUGCUUUGUUGGCUGAAGGGAGGUGCCCCCAAGAACUGGUUUUUUUUUUUGUGCUAUUGUAAUCAUAAAUGUUGAUUUCUGUGUUAUCAUCUUUCUUAUUUUACCCACCCGGAGCUGUGGGACAGGUGCAGAAGAUGACGUUUCUCUCUAGGCACAGUGCUGCACUCACUCUGCUGAGAAGCAGGUGGCUGUGCUGCUAUGGCUUUGCUGGCGUGUCCUCACCAGGGAUCAGCUGGCAGAGAUGAACUGCCAGGCCUGUGCUUCAGGUGCUUUCCUGUCAGUGCUUUCUUCCCUGCAUGGCUUCCGGAGGCUGCCCCCCACGUGCUGGCCAGCCCAGCCUGCUGAACGCUGCCAGCAGUAAAUCCACUGCAGCCCUGGCAUGCAGACCCCAGCAGAGAGCCCCAUCUCAGUGCUUUUGCUAGAGCCCUCUCAGCUCCCCCGUGUUCAGUGCACACACAGAGCCAUGUCACGGUCCAAGGAAGGGAGUGCAUGAGGAAAGCAGGGGAUAAAAAGCAGUUACAGUGCUGCUGCAUCUCUCCCAGCAGCUGCAAACCCUGCUAGGUUGUUAGAAGAGGUGUAGUGCCUGAGCAAAAGGCUCUCAUGUAUUGUCUUCAGUCACAGUCUAUGUAUUUUCUGAUGAAGUAAAAAUAGCUUUUCUUUUUCAGGAUAUGCAGAGAGCAGAGGCUCCUGUUAACAUCAAAGGAGUGACAGCUUUCCUCUGGGCUGAUGCUGCAACCAGCUUCUUGAGAGCUGCAAGAUCUGGGAAUCUGGACAAAGCCUUGGAUCACCUCAGGAAUGGGGUAGAUAUUAACACCUGUAACCAGAAUGGGCUGAACGCCUUGCACCUGGCCUCCAAGGAGGGCCACGUGAAAAUGGUGGUGGAGCUGCUGCACAAGGAGAUUGUUUUGGAAACAACGACCAAGAAAGGAAACACAGCCCUGCACAUCGCUGCCCUGGCUGGACAACAGGAUGUGGUCCGGGAACUCGUGAACUAUGGAGCCAAUGUCAAUGCACAGUCACAGAAAGGCUUCACACCCCUCUACAUGGCAGCACAGGAAAACCACCUAGAAGUUGUCAAGUUCUUGCUGGAAAAUGGAGCCAACCAGAAUGUAGCCACAGAGGAUGGCUUCACACCACUAGCUGUGGCUCUGCAGCAAGGGCAUGAGAACGUGGUUGCUCACCUUAUAAACUAUGGGACAAAGGGUAAGGUUCGCCUGCCUGCCCUGCACAUUGCAGCCCGCAACGAUGACACCCGCACAGCUGCUGUGCUGCUGCAGAACGACCCCAAUGCUGAUGUCCUCUCCAAGACUGGAUUUACCCCCUUGCACAUUGCAGCCCACUAUGAGAAUCUCAGUGUGGCCCAGUUACUGCUGAACCGUGGAGCCAGUGUCAACUUCACACCCCAGAACGGGAUCACCCCCCUGCACAUCGCCUCCCGACGGGGAAAUAUCAUCAUGGUGAGGCUGCUGCUGGACCGCGGUGCCCAGAUAGAGACAAAGACUAAGGAUGAGCUGACUCCUCUCCACUGUGCAGCUCGCAAUGGACAUGUGCGAAUUGCAGAGAUCCUGCUGGACCACGGAGCUCCCAUUCAAGCCAAAACCAAGAAUGGCUUGUCGCCGAUCCACAUGGCAGCACAGGGUGAUCACCUGGACUGCGUGCGCCUGCUCCUGCAGUACAGUGCAGAGAUUGAUGACAUCACCCUGGACCACCUCACGCCCCUGCACGUGGCUGCACACUGUGGCCACCACCGUGUGGCCAAGCUGCUGGUGGAGAAGGGGGCCAAACCCAACUCCCGAGCCCUGAAUGGCUUCACACCCCUCCACAUUGCCUGCAAGAAGAACCACAUCCGGGUGAUGGAGCUGCUGCUGAAGACAGGGGCCUCUAUUGAUGCUGUCACGGAGUCAGGCCUGACUCCCCUGCAUGUGGCUGCCUUCAUGGGGCACCUGCCCAUUGUCAAGACCUUGCUGCAGCGUGGAGCCUCUCCUAAUGUCUCCAAUGUGAAAGUGGAGACACCCCUACACAUGGCAGCCAGAGCUGGACACAUGGAUGUGGCAAAGUACCUGCUGCAGAACAAAGCCAAAGCCAACGCCAAGGCCAAGGAUGACCAGACUCCUCUGCACUGUGCUGCACGGAUUGGCCACACGGGCAUGGUCAAAUUGCUGCUGGAGAACAACGCCAACCCCAACCUGGCCACAACAGCAGGGCACACUCCUCUGCACAUCACUGCCAGAGAGGGGCACGUGGACACGGCCCUGGCCCUGCUGGAGAAGGGGGCCUCGCAGACCUGCAUGACAAAGAAAGGAUUCACCCCUCUCCACGUUGCAGCCAAGUAUGGGAAGGUGGAUGUGGCAGAGCUGCUGCUGGCACACGAAGCUCACCCCAAUGCAGCAGGGAAGAACGGCCUGACCCCACUGCACGUGGCUGUGCACCACAACAACCUGGAGAUCGUCAAGCUGCUGCUUCCCAAGGGGAGCUCCCCGCACAGCUCAGCCUGGAAUGGGUACAGCCCCCUGCACAUUGCAGCCAAGCAGAACCAGAUGGAGGUGGCCAGCAGCUUGCUGCAGUACGGGGCUUCUGCGAAUGCUGAGUCUGUGCAGGGAGUCACCCCCCUGCACCUGGCCUCCCAGGAGGGGCACACGGACAUGGUGGCACUGCUGUUCUCCAAACAAGCCAAUGGCGACCUCGGCAACAAGAGUGGUCUAACUCCUCUUCAUCUUGUGGCCCAAGAGGGACAUGUUCUGGUUGCUGAUGUUCUGGUGAAACAUGGAGUCACAGUGGAUGCAACAACCAGGAUGGGCUACACCCCGCUGCACGUGGCCAGCCACUAUGGGAACAUCAAGCUGGUGAAGUUCUUGCUGCAGCACCAGGCUGAUGUCAAUGCCAAGACUAAGCUGGGCUACACCCCUCUGCACCAGGCAGCUCAGCAGGGCCACACGGAUGUGGUGACACUGCUGCUGAAGCACGGGGCCUCUCCCAACGAGAUCAGCACAAAUGGCACCACUCCCCUGGCCAUCGCAAAGCGGCUGGGCUACAUUUCUGUCACAGAUGUCCUCAAGAUUGUCACAGAGGAAACUGACAUCCCGUCAGUGGGUGACAAGCACCGCAUGAGCUUCCCGGAGACUGUAGAUGAGAUUCUGGACGUGUCAGAGGAUGAAGGCACUGCUCAUGUCACAGUAAUGGAGGAGGAGCUGGCUGCACCGAAGCCCAGGACACCUGAUUCCAGGGACCAGGAGAGGAAGAGGGAGAUGCUGGAAUUUGUGACCACAACAAUGCUGGAGCAAAUGGUGGAGUCUCCAGCUGUCCUGCAAGUCCCCUGCGUCCCACCUGAGACUGUGGUGACCAGAGCAGAGGAGACUGAGCAGGUAGGACCUGUGGAGACAGAAGCUGAGCAAGUCAGCCUGCUGCAUGCACCCUCGGUGUCCCCGCAGGAGCCCUCCAAGGAGUUCGAUGAGGAUUCCCUGAUCCCCAGCAGCCCAGCCACUGAGACCUCAGAUAACAUCAGCCCGGUGGCCAGCCCUGUGCACACGGGGUUUCUGGUGAGCUUCAUGGUAGAUGCCCGGGGAGGCUCCAUGCGGGGCAGCCGGCACCACGGACUGCGUGUGGUCAUCCCACCCCGUGCCUGUGCAGCACCGACCCGCAUCACCUGCCGCCUGGUGAAACCCCAAAAGCUGCCAGCACCCCCGCCGCUGGCUGAGGAGGAGGGUCUGGCCAGCAGGAUCAUCGCCCUGGGGCCCGCCGGUGCCCAGUUCCUCAGCCCCGUCAUUGUGGAGAUCCCACACUUUGCUUCCUAUGGGCGUGGGGACCGUGAGCUGGUGGUGUUGCGCAGCGAGAACGGCUCCAUCUGGAAGGAGCACCGUAACCGCUACGAGGAGAGCUACAUGGACCAGCUGCUCAGCGGCAUGGAUGAGGAGCUGGAGAGCCUGGAGGAUCUGGAGAAGAAGAGGGUCUGCCGCAUCAUCACCACCGACUUCCCUCUCUACUUCGUGGUCAUGUCCCGGAUCUGCCAAGACUGUGAUAUGAUCGGCCCUGAGGGAGGGUGCUUGAAAAGCACAUUGGUGCCCAUGGUACAGGCCACCUUCCCAGACACUGCUGUCACCAAGAAAGUGAGGCUGGCCCUGCAGGCACAGCCUGUGCCCGAUGAGCUGGUGACAAAGCUGCUGGGGAAUCAGGCCACCUUCAGCCCCAUCGUCACGGUGGAGCCCCGCCGGAGGAAGUUCCACCGCCCCAUCGGCCUCCGCAUCCCACUGCCACCCUCCUGGAAGGACAAUCCCCGAGACAGUGGUGAGGGUGACACCACCAGCCUCCGCCUGCUCUGCAGCGUGAUCGGAGGAACAGCCCAAGCCCAGUGGGAAGAUAUAACAGGCACUACAAAACUGAUCUAUGAGAACGAGUGUGCUAACUUUACCACCAAUGUGUCUGCCAGGUUCUGGCUGGCUGACUGCCCACGCACAGCCGAGGCCGUGCACUUCGCCACCAUGCUGUACAAGGAGCUGACAGCCGUGCCCUACAUGGCCAAAUUCGUGGUGUUUGCCAAGAUGAACGAUGCGCGGGAAGGCCGGCUGCGCUGCUACUGCAUGACUGACGACAAGGUUGACAAAACUCUAGAGCAGCAUGAAAACUUCACUGAGGUGGCCCGCAGCAGGGACAUUGAGGUGGUAGAGGGGAUGCCUUUGCAUGUUGAGCUCUCAGGGAACCUGGUUCCUGUCAAGAAGGGCACUCAGCCUCGCAGCUUCCUCUUCCAGUCCUUCCGGGAGAAUCGUCUUGCCAUCCCCAUCAAGGUUCGGGACAGCAGCCGUGAAGCCAGUGGCUCCCUGUCUUUCUUGCGCAAGGCUAUGAAAUAUGAGGACCUCCAGCAUGUUCUCUGCCACCUGAACAUCACCAUACCACCCUGCACCAAGGGAAGUGGCAGUGAGGAGCGGAGGAGGACUCUAACGCCGUUGUCUCUGAGGGAGCGAUACAGCAUCCUCAGCGAGACAAGUUUCGGCUCGCUGAGCAGCACAGACAAGGGAGACCAGAAGAUGGUUGAUGUAGCAGAACAGCUGGGCCUCAGCUGGGCUGAGCUGGCACGUGAGCUGCAGUUUGGGGUGGAGGACAUCAACCGGAUACGUGUGGAGAACCCCAACUCCCUGUUGGAACAGAGCAUGGCCUUACUCAACCUCUGGGUCAGCCGUGAGGGCAAGAAUGUCAAAAUGGAGAGUCUGUACAUGGCGCUGCGGAACAUCGACCGCGGUGAGAUCGUCAACACGCUGGAGGGCUCUGGCAGGCAUAGCCGCAGCCUGAAGAGCAGCUGGAGGUACACAGAGAGAGACUACUCCCUCUCACCAUCCCAGAUGAAUGGUUACGCUUCGCUGCAGGACGAGCUGCUGUCCCCUGCCUCCCUGCAUUACACGCUGCCAUCCCCGCUGCGUGCCGACCAGUACUGGAAUGAGGUGGCCAUCAUGGAUGCUAUUCCCAUGGCUGCCACCGAGCAGGAUGCCUUGAUGGAGAUGUCCGACAUGCAGGUGUGGUCCUCGGGGCUCACCCCCUCACUGGUGACUGCUGAGGACUCCUCUCUGGAGUGCAGCAAGGCCGAGGACUCGGAUGCCACAAGCGAAGGCCGGUUCCCGGGGCAGCUCCUAGCAGACGCGCAUGGCCCAGACCACAUGGGCUCUAUGGACUUGGUUGAGGAUGACACAGUGGACUCAGAUGCCAUGAAUGGCCUGAUUGACCUUCUAGAGCAGGAGGAGGGGCAGAGGCCAGAGGGGAAAAUGCCAGCCAGUGAUCGCCAGCCAGGGAAUGGGGAGCAAGACCCGGAGAGUGAAGUCUCUUUUGUUUCAGUUCAGCAGAAGGUGCAAGCCAGGAUCACAUCAUCACCUACUGUUAGCCACGUCGUGGAGAAAAGCGGAGACAGGCUGAGGGACUGGAAUGCAGAAGGCUCCUUUAUCUCCUGCCUACAGGACCUGACAGCGGGCUCCUGGCAGGAGGGGGUCACCCGAAGGCUGCUCCCAACGCACACCACAGCCUCCGGGGCACAAGGCCAGGAGCAAGAGCAGGUCCUGGUACCAACCGUGGAGCUGAUGCGGAUCAGCUCUGCAGAGGACAGCGACUGGCAGCCCCAGCACCCUACGGGCAGCUGGCAGGAGGAGGCAGACAGCCGCUUCUUUGGGCAGGGGAACGAAGUCCUUCAUCUCCCUGGAGAGCAGGUGACUGAGGAGCAGUUCACAGAUGAUCACGGCAAUAUCAUCACCAAGAAGGUCAUCAGGAAGGUGGUGAGGCAGCUGAGCCCUGGUGACAUGCGUGACAGGCAGGAGCAGGAGGAGCUGAUUCUGGAGGGCUCCCUGCAGGAUCCCCAAGACCUGGAGGCUGAGGAUGAUCACUUCAUGAAAUACUCCAUCCUACACCGGGACGGUCUGGGGGCCAAGGAGGAGAUGCAAGUGCGUGUCCCGAAACCAGAGGUCUCUGGGGGCAGGAUGGGGGCUCAGAUAGUGAAACGAGCCAGCCUGAAAAGGGGGAAGCAGUGACCCCUCAAAUGGCCUCUUUGGAGGAUCUCACGUCAACACCAAACCACUGAACUCCACACAUGUUCUGACACAUACCUGAGAAGAGAAGAGAGGAGAGGAGAGCAGAGAGUGGAGGGGAGCAGGGCUGGCUGUACAUGUUUCUAUAGGCUAAUGGCAUGAUUUCUGUAUGAGACAUACUUACCGUCCUAUCCGCAUGACUGACUGACUGCAAGACGCAUGAGCUACAGUACUUCAAACUGAUGGGGGGGCUCUGUCCCUGCCCUGCUGCUGCCAGGAGCCCCAGGACAGCAGCACACACCAGGGGCAUCCCUGCAGCUCCUCUGGGAGGCGAGAGCUGGACUGGCAGAAAACCAGAGGGAAGGAGACUCCACCCUGGUGCUGGUGUGUGUGUAUGCAUCCUCGUGCUCCAGCUGCAGGAGGGGAUCUGGGGCAGCACAGCUCUGCCCACCGUGGAAGGAGAGGGGCGUGAUCCCCAUCACCCCUGCUGCCUCUGCAGGACCUGCUUCUCAUCCUUCUCAGUGAGUGCUGGGCCAUGGGGGAGUGGCAGUCACCAGGGGUGUGUGAGAGGAGGGUUUUAGGGAGCACAGCUGCCCUGGGCAGAGUGGCUGGUAGUGCAGGGCUGCCCUUCCUCUCCCCAGCACAUGCAACGUCUCCCACCAGGGCAGGGCUCUGGGCUGAGCACUGAGCUCGUUGCUUGUGUUGAAAGUGUAAACUGUACAGCAAUCAGCCUUGUGUAUAUGAACCAAUAAAUACUAUGCAAACCCCUAGGGACACUCUAGCAGUAUGUACAAAGCACUAACAGCUCUGCUCCCAAAUACCUCUUCAGGCUGCAGGAUGGGCAAAACCUUUGGAGUAGCUCUGGUGAGUGGAGCUGGGAGGCCACAGGAGGAGGGGGGCAUCAGACUGCCCCCGCUCUGUGCCCCUGCAGCUGAGCCUGGUCCCCUCCUGGCCUGAAGAGAGGGGCCCACCAGUGCAGUCCCAUGGGCCUGCCCAUGGUGCAAGUCCCAGUCUGUGUUGGCUCCAGCUGGGGUGAAGCUGUAGGCCUGUGCUGAGGUGCUCGGGGCCCAGGGAGAAUGGGUAGUGAGACAGAGCAGGGGAUGCUUGUGCCACACAGAGGGUUGUGCCUAUCUCUACUCAGCACAAUAUCUGCUCAGGAGAUGAGCCAGGAGCUGGCAGGAGCCAGCAGCCCUGCACCACACCCCAUGCAAGGGCUUUGCAGGAUCCCCUGGCAUCCCUGCAGGGGCACAAGUGAGGAGAGCCCAGGGACCUGGUGGAUGCUGACCCUCUCAGGACCACCCCCAGAGGCAUGGGGGGACUGCUCCCCCCGUGGCUGUGCUUUAGGCCAGGCAAAGCCACCCCGGGAGCACAAGGCAGCCCAGGCAGGAGUGCAGCAGUGGACAGAGUUGCCCAGGCAGCUCUGAGGUGUGCAGUAGGUAACAAUACUUGACCCCAGGAGGGCAGGAUGCAGGUAGUGGCAGCAAGUUCCACGUGCCCCACUCUGUCCUUUACUUAACUGAGGUGGGGGCUUGGCCUUUGUAGCACAAUGGGCUGGGGACUGCUCUUUCCCAUGGAGGUGGCCGUGGACCUGCUUUACAGGGUCUGAGUCUGCUCUCUGUGGGUGAGUGCAGAGUGAGCCCAACUCAGGCCAUGCAGUGGUGGCCCUGGCAAGGCCUGGCAGUGAGUGAGCAUCUGCUGGGACUGCGCCUGGCUCCCCGCAGUUGGGAAGAAGCCCAGCUGCAGCAAAUCAAAUGACCCAGCUUAGCCUUGGAGAGCAAAGCAACCCCUUCCCCACCCCCAGGUUGAGCCAUAUAGGCACAGACUUUACAUCAUCACCCUUGCUAUGUACAAUAACCUCCCCAGACCCACUGUGACAGCUGACUCCGUAGCAUCACCGUAGAGUUGUGUGUGGGUCUCGUGCUUUGGCCUUGUAACCACCGUAGGGAAUGUGCUGAGCUGCGGCCGUACCAGGCACCUGCAGUGACAUCGCUUUGCGCUCAGAUUGCUCGUAGGGCUGGUAGCGGGGGGCUGCACCCGACAUUGAGCCUAGAGAAUGCUGCAGUCUGCACACUAGAAGCUUUUUAGAAGUUUUAAAAAUUACUUUUAUUUCCUUUUUUUAAUUGUUAUGGAAACAAGCCUUUUGGAUCUCCCUGUCUUAGCCCCUGAUGUAUAGAUCAUUUCCCUGUACACCAGCUAUCAAACUAUGGAUUAAUAAAGAAACCAACACAGAC